AUGCUUUCUCUUCACUGCCUCGUUGCUAUUUGCGGCUUUGCCUCUGCAGCACACAUUUCGGAGUCAAAUCUUGGCGACAUCAUCCAGCAUGUAGGCGAACCUGUUGGAAGUGAGCAGGUUCACGAUGGAGUCACUAUGUAUAUCAGCCCAACACCUCAGGCCAAUAACCCCAAGAUGGGGGUCUUAUACUUGACAGACGCAUUUGGACUUCCACUUCUGCAGAAUAAAUUACUAGCCGACAGCUUCGCCAGAGCUGGAUUCACAACCAUCAUGCCCGACAUCUUUCGCGGCGAUCCCGCGCCUCACGACAUAUACUUUGAUGCCGACGAAUUCCUUGCAAAACACACGACAAACGUGACUGAUCCUGUUAUCGAGACGACCAUCCGCUACAUGCGUGAUACGCUCUGUUUCGACCGAAUCGCCGUGACUGGUUACUGCUUUGGUGGUCGAUAUGCCUUUCGUUUCCUCCAGGAAGGCCGAGGAGCCGACAUUGGUUUCGCCGCCCACCCUAGUUUCCUCCAGGAUAGCGAGGUCCUUGCUAUCAGCGGGCCCGCAAGCAUUGCUGCAGCUGAAAUUGACACCCUUUUCGAGCCGGCACGGCGAUUUGAGGUUGAGAGCAUGUUGAAUCAAACUGCUCAUCCAUACCAAGUUGCUAUUUACUCCGGCACGUUUCAUGGAUUCGGGACCCGAGCCAAUAUCAGCAUUCCGGAACAAAAGUUCGGCAAGGAAGAGGCCUUCUUUCAAGCAGUCCGUUGGUUCAAAGCCUGGUAG